AGCCAAACAUGUGAUUCACACGCCUUUCGUAUAAAUACAGUAAUUAAUGUUAAUUUAGUUUAAAUUGUAGUCAUAUUUAGUGUUUGAGACAAACCAUAAACACAUGUCUAAAGCCAUAAUACUAUUGCCGGGCGAAGACAUUACGGCACUCAUCAACGAGGGGUCGGCUAAUGGAUCGCAGACCAGACCUGAUGUCAUACCCGUUAUGGGAGCCAAAGGUGGCCGCAGAGGACAGUCGGCUGACACGAAGAGUACGGUCACCUCUGAGGCCAAACUGAUGAUAGGGCCGGGACUCAAACGGGAGGACAACAACCGGUUUGUGGCCGUAAAGUGCGGACAACUCGUGAGUCGUGAGACACCACUCGUCCGCACCUUUUGGAUGGACUCUCACUACAAGAGAUAUACUGUGAGUCGCGGCGACCGAGUGGUCGGGUUUGUGGUGACCAAACAGGCCUAUCACUGCAAAGUAGACAUCGGCACCAAUGAACCGGCGGUGCUCUCACUCCUGGCCUUCCCUCAGGCGACCAAACGCAACAAACCCGCCAUUGAGGUCGGCGACGCCGUCUACGCCCAGAUCACCACCGAGUGUCCCGAUAUUGAGGCCGAGUUGGUGUGCGUUAAUAGCGAGCAAAAGUCCGGCGGUCUGGGAGUGCUGUCCAGCGAUGGCUAUGUCCUGACGGUUCCCAUCAGUAUUGUCCGCCGUCUGUUAGCGCCCGACUCGCAAGUGAUCCGCACUUUGGGCUCCAAAUACAAGUUUGAGAUCUCGUGCGGAAUGAAUGGCAGGAUUUGGAUUCGGGCUAAGAAUUUGGACANACUAUAUUUGAUUGUUUUUUAA